GCGAGGGCUCCCGCCAGCCGGAGCGCAGUCCCGGAGCCCCGCUGAGCUGCGCGUCGCCGCCGCGCCGCCCCCUCCGGCGCCCCUGCCGCAGCGCACCGCAGUCUGGCCUCCCGGCCUGAGCUCCGGGAAGGAAGGCUGGCGGCCUGGUCACGUGUCCUCCGCGAUCGCGAAACAGUUCCGGUGGUGAGGAGCCCUUUCCAAAUAUAAGAAGAAUAAAGAAGUCACUUCCCCAGCUGUCAUCAUCUUCCAACAAAUUGAGCAAGAAUAUUUCAAGCAUUACAAAAAAGUCCAUCAAAUCAUAGAUGACAAUCAGCCAUGAGAUUUUUUUCAAGAAAGGGAAUAGGGUGAAUGAGUCUCAUCAGAAAACGCUAUGAAUGCUGGCCCGUCUUGGAACAAAACACCACGUUUGAAGAAUUCUUCUGGAAAAAGGCAGAGCAAACCCCAGGACCGCCCUGUUUCUUCCCAGCGGAAAAGCAUCCGUGUAGGUGUCUCCCAAGCUGCUGAAGAUGAACUUGAAGAAAGCAUUUCCCCAUCAGGAAAAGCCGCCCGGAGUCCAGCGGGUUCCAGGUGUCAGGGGGCCUCCGGGAACAAGUUGUUUCUUGACUUUCAGUCAAUGAAAAUUAUUACAGAAGACGCCGACGGGGACAGUGCCAGCGAUCUCUCUGACUCCGAACGGAUUCCCAUCCCUCCUUCUCCCCUCACGCCUCCCGAGCUCCAUCUUCGAGCGGAAGAAAUCGACCCGGUUUCCUUCGAUCUUCACCCAGAUCCGGGCCAUGCAAGGCGGGAAUACUAUUACCCUGACUUCCUUCCACCGCCUUUCAACUCCUGGGACCUGCGCGACAUGGCUGUGCUUCUGAACGCCGAGCACAGAGCCGGGGCCGUGCCGCGGACAGGGGGCCUUCUGGGCAAGUAUAUCGAUAGGCUGAUUCAGCUCGAGUGGCUGCAGAUCCAGACCGUCCAGGGCGAAAGAGGAAAGGGGGCCAAAGCAAAGGCGGCCGCCACGCCUGGGACCGCAGGGGCUCUGAAAAGCCCCGGGAGAAGCAAGCUGAUGGCCAGUGCCCUGUCUAGGCCCCACCAGGAAGGAGCCUCCAAGUCAGGGCCUUCACGAAAGAAAGGCUUUCACGGCGAAGAAGGGCACCCGUCCUAUUACACAUUUGAGACUCCACCCAAGCCCCUCCAUGCGCUAAGCAGUGGCAGACUGUGUCCUCAGACGCAAACCCUGGACAUGAGGACAGAGGAUAAGAAAAAGAAGUCCGGGAGGAGUAGCAGGCUGCAGUGUUGGGACCUGUCUGGCAGUGACAGCAGCUCUAAGAUUGAGAGCAAUGGCAACAUCCGAAUUCCCAAGCAGUCAGCCUUGAUUCUGGACUCCGGGGACUCCUACAAGGCCUGCAAAACACAAGCAUAUGCAAAUCUUAAGAAAAAGGGAAAUGCUCAUAACUGUGGUCACGUGACCCUAUCCAGUGAGAAGAAACUGAAAACAAACGGAGGGAAGCAAAACACGCAUAAAUUCAAAUAAGCUCUGAAAUGACGAGUUGGGAAGACCUGCAGAUCCCUGAGUGGUGGAGGGUCUCCAAGAGUUACAAUACUGUGAAUUUUCAGGGGUUGAUGAUGCCUGCCUUUAAGUAGCUGGUUGGUUCUUUAGUCCAUCCCACCCCGACCAGGGUUCUUUUCAAAGCAAGGUGUCUUUCAACAAGCCUUGCUAGUCUGAAGCGAAUGAUAGCCCUUGAGAUAAAAAUUAACCAGGGUCUGUGCCACAUAAAGGAAUAAAGUGACAACUCUCUGGGGAAAGAGUCAGCUAAAGUUCUGAAACAGCAGGCAGCCCUGUAGAACCCUUCAGCUCCCCACUUUCACCGUGUAUAACUAUAUGAAAUAUAGUACAGAAUAUACUGUUUUAAACGGUGUAGGAUCCAAAACGUCCGAGACAGUGAGGGCUGUCAGCAUCCUCACCAGAAACUGUUCAAGCAGCAGUUCUGUCUGUUUCACCCCCAGAAGCAGCUCCAGCUCUUCUCCAAGUUCAGGAGCAUCUAUUUUGAGCAAAGUCACUUUUCACGAAGCUGCUUCCUCCUUAUCGACCGUGCAAUCCAGUGCUUUCAUACAUUUUUCUUGACAUGAGUUCAAAAAAAAAAAAAAAAAGGCAUUUUAAAUUUAGAGUUGGUGGUGAGGUCCAUUUUGAGGUUCUUUCAACUGCGGAGAAAAGAGUGCAGACUUUGUCCAGUUGGGGAGUCAGUGGGUAUAAGCAUGGAGUUGCUGUUUGGUGGGGGGGUACGCGUGAAAUAUUUGGCACCCUAAAAUCUCUGGCAUGUGCAGCUUCUCUGAAGGGGAGCCACAGGAAAACCACCUUUUGGAGUUUGUAAGUGAAGGGCCUAUAAUGAGAUAGGAACGCAUGGAACCACUUUGCAUGUCAACAGUAUUUAGUCACUGGAUCCUGCUGUCUGCUUGCUCUAGUUUACAGGAGCAGCUAUACGAUCUCGCUGAGGGCAGAAGGGAGGACGCAGGUCCAGACCGGGUGGAUAUGAACGAAGUUGCUGCAGGUCUUCUUAGCAUCCUCACUGGGCUUACGGCUUCCUAACUAAAUUCUCAGUUGACUGCAGUUAGGCACCAUCUAAGCGUCCCCGUAGUUAUGCUGAGAUUACGGUUGACAUUAUCAUGAAUAACUUGAAAACCUCUGCCUACUUCUUGCUAUACAGAAUAUUUUAAUGACUAUAGCUCCUUUUAUCCCUUUGAACGAUUAUUCUAUUUUUUUUUUCACAUACGUGUAUCUAUUUUUUCACGUUUGGGGCAAACGAAAAACUUGGCCCUUUUCAUUUGACAAUAUAUAAUAGCUUGCAGACUUUUCACUCAGUAGUCAACGUCAUCCAAGCUGCUUUCUAAGUUAACAGCCAAAGACAUGAUAUGUUUACAAUUAAAAUAAUGGCCAAAAGUUAAAUAUUAAGAUCCUGUUUUAAAAUCUGAUUUUAAUCAUAUUAAACAACAUAUGCAAUUUUUUUAUGGUAAUCGUUUUCUUCCAAGACUUUUUCCCCAGACUUGAGAGAUUCCCUCUUGUAUUCUUUAUCUGUCACACCACCCUACUAGAGAAAGCAUGCUCUUACACUAAGAUCUUCCACCUUUUUAUGUGAACGAAAGGUGUGUAUCUAGGAAGCAUUACUUCCAUAGUUCCCAAUUACACCAUAACUUCUGUACUCAGUGUCUGUAUUGUAUUUUGAAAGCAUGCUGCUCCCCCGACUUUUCCUCUCUGCUCCCUGAUGGCACCCCAUGUGAUCCUUGCCAGCCCUGCUCUUGUGACCAGACGGAUCCCUCCUUUAGAUACGGCUGGCACCUCACUCCUGAUUCUUUCCCUGCUUGGUUUUUAUUCAGCUCCUUUGAUGUUGCAGGGCCAAUGACUCUAUAAGCAGGUUCUAUACACACGCGUACUCCUGAUAGUAACACAGAAAGCUUCCCGCUGAGUUUCUGCCUGUCCCAGGAAUGCGUCUGUGUGGGUGCUUUUGGAGACCUUGCAGGUUGAGGCUGACGUGAUUUAUUUUGCUUUGCCAUAUGUGUGUCUGAGCUGAAGACCAUCAGGCUUAGGAAACUGUGAGGCCACGCCUCGGAUGUGGCAUUUGUUCCUUGCUCUUUGAAUUGAAGCUGGUUGCUUAAUUUGAGGAACAGUCAUUAACGUCACAUGGCAAGAGUUUUACAAAGUGACUUUGCUGGCUGGCUUUUUUGCCUCUAAGUUGAUGGUUUACUUUAACCAGUAUCACUGUGAUGGGAUCAGAGCUGAUGAUGGGUGUGAGUUCAUUACCUAACUGAGCACACUUUUAAUUUGAUGGUUUCUGAUACACACGUAACACAGCUUCAUGUACUAAAUGCCACAGACACCGAGCUUGCCAUUUUCAAGUAGAUGACACUGGAAAGUCAGGUCAUGAACUCUUUCAGUUCAAGUCUAAGCCACUGAGCGUCCUGCCAGCCGAGUGUCAUGAGUCACUGUGUUUCUAGGAAGUGCCUGUCAUUUCUGGGGAGUUGUUUACAUACAAGUUGCAGUUAAACCAAUCAAAAGAACCCAAAGUACAUAAAUAAAUAAAUAAAUAAAUAAAUAAAUAAAUAAAUAAAUAAAAACCGGAAAACUUAGAGGAUGCAAGAACUACUUCAGGCUUAGAAUCAGUUAGUGGGAAAAGAUUAAAAAAUAUACAAAGAUGAACUACAAAAAUAUAUCAGUAUUAUCUACAAUUAUUUAGGUUUAGAUGAUUUCUCAGAACUUGAAUGACUAAACUGGUUGAAGGUUUGUAACUAACUUGAAUGGGGUGGGAUUGGUGGCCCCUGACAAAAAGCUGGUGGAGAGGCUAUCGUUGCUCUUACGCUAGCUCUUAGCUAAAAGGAAGAUGGUUUGUAACAAUCCUUAGGCCUGGUAGGUUAGUUGCCAGACGACCUAAGAAUUCUACCUUACAUGAUAAAAAUAUUGCCUAUUCUUUCCUUUAUGUUCAUUAACUUGAUUAGUUAUGUAAAAAUAUAAAACUCUUGUGGUAUUGUAUUUCAAGGUAAGAGAGAGGCAAUAUUCGUUAUUUAUUUGUGUACCUGUACAGAGCUGCAUUCAAAGUGGCCUGGAAAUAUUCAGCAUGUAUGUUAUUUGCUGUUAAAGUAAUUAUUGUAUGCUGAUUUUGUAUGUAAUAAAAUAGAUACAUGU